AUGCCGGACCCUCCGAAACCGACGGAUGUGGCGAGGUUCAAAUUGGGAAUAGUCUCGAGAUCAAGUUAUCAAGGGGGCCUCUUUACGUUCGAGGUGUCCUGCUCUGCCCAGCCCUCCACCCCAUCUCUGCAAAGUCGCCUCCGGAGCUACUGCUCUGUCUCCCUGCUUUCUGCUCAUCUCUCUGCCCCAGAAAUCUGGCAAUGCCGGCCACCCUGCGCAAGAACCUCAACCUCUGCUUCACCAAGUGGAAGCCCCCGCCGCUCUCCCCCAAUCCCCCCUUCCCCUUCCCCGCCCCUCUCCGCCACCCCCACCUCCACCCUCGUCAAGAACUUCAACACCCUCUACGCCCCUUCCUCCUCCUCCUCCUCCUCCUCCCCCUCCUCCGCCUCCGCCGCCGCCGCCCCCGACCUCGCCGCCGCCUUCGCCUCCCACCGCUUCUUCUUCUCCUCCCCGGCCACUCCAACUCCAUCGUCGACUCCGCCCCUUCCGCCUCCGCCGCCCCCGGCGCCGCCGGAGGGCUCGUCGGCCUCGGCGCCGCUCGUCGACGACAGCGUCGCCGUCCCCACCUACUCCCCCGACCCCUACGCGGACUUCCGGCGGUCCAUGCAGGAGAUGGUGGAGGCUCGCCAGCUGUUCGACGUAAAGUCCGACUGGGACUUGCUGCACGAGCUGCUCCUGUGCUACCUGGCGCUGAACCCCAAGAGCACCCACAAGUUCAUCGUGGGCGCUUUCGCCGACCUCCUCGUCAGCCUCAUGUCGCGGCCGCGGCAACGGGGCGACCGAGCUGCCGGCGGCGGAGCUGCUGACGAAGAGUUUUCCCCCCGUGGCAACGGAUGUAAGAUCUUCCGGCGCUGCAUUAACUAGAUUACGACAGUCGCUGCUACCGCAAACCAUGCUUCUGCGGUCGAGUAAACAAAAGAGGGAUCCCCAUGUCCUAUCAGCGAUGCACAAAAUGAAUUUUUUUUUUUUUUUUUUUGUGGGGUUGGUGUACAUGAAAUAAAAAAAUAUGGUUUUGUAGAGUAACAUGGCCUACUUAUCAUCACUCCUGUCUCAUCAAAUAUGGACUAGUUCACCUAAUUUGAAGAUCAAUAGAUUGAGCGGAUACUAUAUUUACUCUUU